GCAGGUGGCAACGCUUUUCCGGGAGUCUACCAAUCUUUUGGGAGCAACGAUGGAAGCAGGAGGAAGCGGAGGGCCUGAAUCCGUUGCUCCAAAUCUUGGCCCUACCGCGAUAUGUUAUGAUUCGUUCAGUCAUCCUGUCAGUGUGUCCAAUAAAUAUAGGAUGUAAGUAAAAAGAAUUUUUCUGAUUAAAUGUGAAUGUCUUUAUGUUUGUCAUUGUUUUCAUUAAUUUGUUUCUCCCUGCAUUGGAUAACCUCACCCCUUAAUGCAAACAAAUUGGUGUAGCAUGCAUUAUUACCUACGUUACAAACAGUUGUGUGAUUAGAUAAAUUAUUAGUAUCGUUUGAAAUACAUCGUCGGAUAAUUAUAUUCUCGCAGCUAUGAGCUGAUAUUUGAAAUUAGCUGGAUGUUUAUAGAAGCAAUUAUUUGUGUUUAAUUCGAAUACCAAACUUUUUAGCUUCUUUAUGUUCGGAAUUAUUUUUAUUCCUGUUUGCAGGUAAAAGAAAACAUAAUAUGAAACUAGAACCCCAAGAUGAUGGUUAUGAAACAAGUGGUGAUAUGAUAUUAUCAAACACUGCCCCAUUAAAUCAUGAAGUGAAAUGUGAGAAAAAUGAAGAUCCAUAUAGUUUCAUAGAUGAUGAUCCAAUGCCAGGAUUACCUGUUAAUAAUCAAGGGCCUCCUGUGUGUAUCAACAGUGCUGAUAAUCCUAGUCAGUUUAUAAUGGGUCCUAAAAAGCGAGGUAGAAAAAAGAAGUUAAAAACAGAAGAGAUAAACCCAACUUUAUCAAAUCCUGGACUUCCUAGACCAGUAAAAGAACGAAAAAAACAUGAUAGGUUCAAUGGAAUGCCAGAAGAAGAAGUUUCAAAAAGAACGCUUCCUGAUCAUCUUGCAGCAAAUUUAGAUAUUAUAAUCAUUGGAAUAAAUCCAGGUCUGUUUGCAGCAUAUAAAGGACAUCAUUAUGCAGGUCCAGGUAAUCAUUUCUGGAAAUGUUUAUAUUUAUCUGGGUUAACCAAGGAACAAAUGACAGCCGACGAAGAUUAUAAACUAUUACAGGUAGGAAUCGGUUUUACAAAUAUGGUACAACGCCCCACAAAGGGCAGUGCAGAUCUAACAAGAAAAGAAAUAAAAGAAGGUAGUCAAAUUCUGUUAGAAAAGUUGAGAAAAUUCAGGCCAAAGAUUGCUGUUUUCAAUGGGAAACUUAUUUAUGAAGUGUUUUCUGGAAAAAAAGACUUUCAUUUUGGAAGACAGCCGGAUUGCGUGGAUGGUACAAAUACGUAUAUGUGGGUGAUGCCUUCAUCAAGUGCAAGAUGUGCACAGUUGCCAAGAGCAGCCGACAAAGUUCCCUUUUAUGCGGCUUUGAAAAAAUUUCGCGAUUAUUUAAAUGGUUUAAUAGCGACGAUUGAUGACUCAGAAAUGGUUUUUACUGAACCCCGUUUAAAAGCAUGCUAUGAACCGGAACCAAAACCGGAUCCUGAUAUAACUGAUAUUAGUAACGCUGUGAUUACAAAAGAGGACGGUACUAUAGUUCCGUGUAAGAAGAAACGAGGUAGACCAAAGAAAAUUAAAGUGGAGGGUGAAGAGACCCCAAAGACUUCGACACCAAGAAAACCACCAGCACAAACUAACUGUGAUUUUCCUAAAAAGAAAAGAGGGCGACCUAAAAAAGUAAAAGCUGAUGAUUUAAAAGAUAAUCUUCAGUCAUCAAACAUCGAGAAUAACAUGAAAAGUUUCGGUAACCCUAGCCCUAUACAGUCUCCGAAUGGUUAUUAUCAUAUGCCGCCCGAUGUUAACCCUCCAAACAGCACAAAUAGUUUAUAUGUUACUCCGAAUUACAACCAGUCACCUCGAUCAGCUCAAUUCUCACAAUCUCCAAGACCACCGUACAGUCAAUCACCACGACCACCAUACAGCCAGUCUCCUAGACCACAAUAUAGUCAGUCUCCACGUCCACCGUACAGUCAGUCCCCACGACCUCAAUAUAACCAAUCACCUCGACAAUAUAAUCAAUCCCCUCGUCCCCAGUACAGCCAAUCACCACGACCACAUUCGCACUCAUUUACACAUUCAGAUCUUAGUUCUGAGAUUAGUGCUGCUAUUAGUUCGGAACCUUUAGGUUCGCCAACGUCUCCUAGUAUAGGGCCUCCCGAUUUUGAACCCCCUUCUAAUAUGGCGGAAGAAGGUUUUGAAAGUCCAGCUUCUUCACCUAGUGAGCAGCCACCUCACUAUCCUUAUCAAACAUCAUAUAAUAUGGAUAUGCCGUCAGAAAAUGCUUAUCUUCCUCCAAGACACUCCCAGGAUAUAGCAUCAAAAAGCCUGUCUGGAUUAGAAUCUUUGGUCGAUCAAAUUCCAAGUAUAACCGAAGGAGAAGGAGACUACAGUAGCCCAGCAUCUCCUUUCAGUUAUGCUUCUCCCUCUAAUUAUCCCAUUUAUCCAACACCCACAUGGAGUAAUCAUUAUGACUCCAUGCCCCCCCUUUCGUAUCCCCAAAUUCCGUAUGCACAGAGUUAUGCUUCUGGAUUACAUGUACCCAGUCCCAAUUAUCCAUACUAUGGUUAUCCACAGCCUACGUCGACGCAUCCGCCAGGUUAUCCUCCGUACUUAGGUGGCUUCUGAUUGGUUUCCAUCACAGUGUAUUCAUGUCGUGUACCUGUACCAUAUGUUGAGCUAAUACCUAGCAAGUCUGUGCGUUUGAGUACAGUCAAUCACUUGCAUUUUGACAACAGAGACUUGCACAGGGUAAAUGGUGAUAUUUUCUUGUCAUAAGUAUUUUCUCUAAACUUUGAAUGUUAGAUAGGCCAAGGGUAUUGUGCAUUAUGUUACUCAGAUCUCAGUGGAGCGUGUGUACAAACUCGGAGUGUGUGAUCGUUGUUUUAGCUGUAGCCUAUUUUGUUUUUGUUUAAUAAAUUUGUUAUAGCUC